CACCAUGACCGUGUUACAUUCCAGAGGUGACAUCCUGCUAUAGUCUAGUGGCUGAUAAGGACGUUUAAAAACUUGGUUCAUAUUAUCUGCCGAGUGCGGUUUAUAUUAAUACCAUAUCAGGUGUAUUUGCACAGUAAAUAAAUCAAAAUAGAGUUUAAUACUGAACAGUAACGUGCUUUUUAAUACAAGAGAAUAUAUCUGUCUUUAACGUUAAGAAACAAUAUGGCUUACAGGCCAACAGCAUUUGGUUUAACAGGGGAAGUAAAUAGAAAGAUUCGUGAUAAAUAUGAUAGUGAUUUAGAACAAGAUGCUAGAUUAUGGAUAGAAGCAAUAUUAGAAAGACCAUUAGUGGCUGGUGCAGAUCAAUCAGAAAUAUUAGGAAUGGAUAAUUUUAGAUUAGCUUUAAAAGAUGGAGUAGUAUUAUGCGAAUUAAUGAAUGCCAUUCAACCAAAUAGCAUUCGAAAAAUUAAUACAUCUUCAAUGCCAUUUAAACAGAUGGAAAAUAUAAAUCAUUUUUUGAAAGCUAUAGAAGAUUAUGGAGUGAAGAAAUUGGAUAUUUUUCAAACUAAUGAUUUGUAUGAAAAGAAUCAGAAUAUGACCCAAGUAGUGAAUACAUUGCAUGCUUUAGGCAGAGCAGCACAGAGGAACGGUUUUUUGGGACCAUCAUUAGGAAUAAAAGAAUCAUCUGCUAAUCCUCGUAACUUUACAGAUGAAAAGUUAAAAGCUGGUAAUACUAUAAUAGGUCUUCAAAUGGGAACAAAUACCGGAGCGUCACAGAGGGGUAUGAAUUUUGGAAAGGCACGGAAAAUUGUGGACUAAAAAUAAACUCAUUUUACACAUAAUAUAAGAUUAAUAACAAUCAAAAACAUGUCAAAUUUUAAAUUAUAUUGUAGUAUGGAAUAGAAUAAAAAGAUGUACCAGAUAUUAUUCACAUUAAUUCUAUAGAAACCAAAGAUAGUUUUAACAUUAUACCAUGUAGAUCUGAUAUAUUAUACUUCCAUUUCUUCUUUAUUUUAAUUACUCACUCUUUUAAAAUCUUGUUAAUUAUCUAAAUAUAUGGCUAACUGGAAGUUUUAAUCUGGAUUUCAACUUUUUCAAUAUUGACACUCUUUGCUUGAAUUAAAAUCUAUCUUUAGUACAACUUGCAUUAUAUUAAGAUAUAUCUUUCUGUAACUUGAAUUAUGUUCACCGUGUGUGUCUAAUCAGAAUUAAAUUUUGAAAUGGAUAAAAAUGAUAAAUAGCAAAGAGGUUCCAACUGAAAAGAAUGAGCAUUUUCUUAUCCUUGUGCAACUGAUUAUAUAAUUUCAUGUAAAAAGUUUAUUGAGAGUAAAUUAGAUCCCAGUUUUAACUUUAUAAUCCAUUUUAGUUGUUGAUUAAAUCUUAGAAUAUUAGUUGGAGAACUUUGUUGAUCAAAUAUUAGUUUGAGAACUUUGUUAAUUAAAUCUUAGUUUGAGAACUUUGUCGAUUAGAUAGUUAUUUAAGAACUUUGUUGAUUAGAUGGUUAUUUAAGAACUUUGUUGAUUAGAUGGUAGUUUGAGAACUAGAUCUCUAGUCUGAUCUUUAUUUACAUGUAAACAAAAUACUAUAAAUAUCUUACAACAUCUUGUCAACAUAUUAUAGCAUGCCGACUUACUUAAUGACAAAUUAUAUUUUUUAUAUUGAUAUUGUUGUUUGUGUUCAUCUGAUAUUAACAAACAUUGUCAUUAAAUAUUUGUUUGUUUUGUGAUGUUUUUAAUGUGCUGUCUGUAGAAAGAUUAAGAAAUGAUAUUUUGUUCAGAUUUGAUGCUGGAAUUCAAUUAUCAUAUAACUAUACAAUUUACUUGACAUGGAACAAUUAAAAAAUUAUGGUAAAAUUCAUUUUUACAUCAACAAUGUCAUAAGGAUGUGUUGUACUUUAGAUAUCAACCUAUGACUAAUUCAAAUUCUUUACUUUCUGUUUUGAUUGCCUGUAUUAUAUACUUAUUGGUCAAGGUAUUGAAUUCCAAUUAUUUUAGGGCCAGUUUUGUUUUGUAAUAGUAUGGCUGUAUUGGUGAUAUAAGUAAUGUUUAUUUACACAGGUGAAAUAUAGUACAAUUAGCUGUAAAUGAUAACUGUCAACAAACACUGCUUACUGAUUAUGUAACAUAGAAUAGUGUGACUAAUUGUUCUAUAUUAAUAUAUAUUAAUUUAGAAAGAAAAGGUGUUCUAUUUUACAGGUAAAUCAUGUUAUAUUUCAAUUUUGUUUCAUCUGAUAUAUUUGUAUAGUUGCUAUACAGGAAUUGUUAAAACAUAGUUAUAAUAAAUAUAAAUGAAACUGACAAGUAUUAAGAAGACCAUUACUUUAUGAUUCCACAAUGAUUAUAUCAUUCAUUAAUUAUUAUUUAAUUAUUUUGAUUUUAUUAAAUAUUUUAUAAUCAUAUUACUGACAUUUGUUAUGCUUUACAUUUUGAAGUAAUCAUAAACAAUAUCAACUGUAUUACAACUAUGAUUUUAAUCCAAACAGCAAUCUCAUUAAAACACAGAUCCUAUUUCGUUUUGUUUUUUCGUAGUUCAAAAUUUUGUUUUACUUGUCUUUACAACACUAGGAUCUGGAAGAGUUGUUAUAUAACACGCAUUCCCCUGAAACAGUCUGUUGCAGUGAGUUCCGGGCAUGUGAUGCUUGGAACUAUGGGUAUCCUACUAGAAACAUCAACUUUGAUUGGUUAAUCAAACUUCGAACGCGACCUCCUACUACAACUUGUCAGAUCUUCAUGUAGUAGAGGUCAUCGAAAGUAUAAAAAAACGAAAAUAAAUAUAGAUCUGUAUUUUGAUCAGAUUGUCCUACCAGUAACAAACCUAUAUUAUAAAACUUUAAUAUCACUCUUAAAUCUAUCUUUAGAUGUUAGUCUCGGAUUUGUUAAUGUUUUUGAACCACUGGUCAUAAUAUUUUUAUUCACAGAACUAUAUUAAAAGGUACACAUGCAUAUUUUAAUGGUAUUUCUUUUCUGGAAAAUUAAGAUUAUUGUAACAUUUGUUUUUUGCCAUGUAGAUUAUAAGAAUAUGAAGGGACACAAUUAUUAUAUGAUCCUAUUGAGAUCUUUGUUUUCAUGUAAUAUAGUUUGUUUCAUUUUUGUUAUUAAAGCUGGAUGGUACAGACAAAAUCUGAAUCUGAUCAAAUUUAUUGCUAAAUUGAAAAGAUUUUUUUUUAUAAAAUUAUGUUAUAUAUAUAUAUAUAUAAGAUUUUUAUAAUCUUAGACAAUGUGUUCGUGUUAAAUUAUAUUUGAUUACAAGGGAGACUGUAUUAACUGCUUAAUCAAAAAUUUUGUUUUGUUAUGUCUUAUUAAAAUAUAUCCCUCCGGUCCUGCUUCUUAGAAAGGUACAUUGAAGGAAAAACAAAAAAAAAUAAUUUGUCACUAAUUUUGAUGUUUAAAAAGUAGAGAUUUUCAAUUGAGCAAUUGAUGUGUUAGAAAUGAUUUUUUUCUUGCAUGUAAAUUUAAUUUUGUAUAAAAACCGUAAAGGAACUAAACUUAAUAUCUGGAUAUUUUAAAUGACAUAGCCUUGCAUGUAAUGCCAUAAUUUGUAUUUUGUAAGAAAUAUGUUUUAAUGCAAUGUCCAUUAUUUACCAUGUUUUAUAGAAAUAUAUUUCAUACCAUUUA